AUGCGACCGUCGUGCCUCUUCUGGGGUUUGACCGGCUCACUUCGGGCUGUGGAAGCCCUAUCCCCAACAGUAACCCUAAAAGAUGCUGUCUAUAUCGGCACCACCACACAGGUCGCUUCGGCCACGACUAUUGUGGACAAGUUUCUGGGUAUCCGCUAUGCGGAUACCCCUAAAAGAUUCCGCGCUGCCCGUCCUCGGCCUCCGGGAUCGCUGCUUGUAAAUGCCACAAAGCAACCACCGGCAUGCAUCCAACAAUCAAGUUCUGGAGAUUCGGCUGAGAGUGAAGACUGCCUCUUUCUAAACGUCUUUGCGCCGCACAUUGGCUGCGGCAAGCCCAAAGCCAAAAGAGCUGUCAUGCUGUGGUUUUAUGGCGGGGCUUUAUCGUUCGGCUCCAUCAGGGAGGUCGACGGCUCGUCCUUCGCUGCCAAGCAAGACAUUAUCCUUGUGGCCUGCAACUAUCGUUUGGGGGUCUUCGGCUUUCCCGGAAAUGUAUCUGGGUUCCGACCUGACGAGCUUAACCCUGGAUUCCGCGACCAGAAGAUGGCAUUGAGGUGGAUCCAAGAGAAUAUCGCUCGCUUUGGCGGUGAUCCGACCAAGGUGACCAUAUUUGGCGAAUCGGCCGGCGCCGUGUCCGUUGAUAGUCAUCUCAUCAGCGAGCUUGGCGACCACCCGCCCUUUCGAGCUGCCAUCCUGCAGAGCGGCGGUCUUCACACUUUCAACCGGAUCGCAUUAGGCGUGGGCGUCUCAGUAACCGGCUUGGGGACUGGAAACAAGCCUGGGGAAGCCCCGUUCCUGACACUGGCCAAGCAUAUGAACUGCAGCGAGGAGGAUCCGGUAUCGUGUCUCCAAUCCAAGCCCCUGGCGGCGGUAAAGUCUGCCGUCCUCAAUCUGAAUCUCUUAUUUGCACCAGUCGACGACGGGGCCAAGACAAGCGUGGCUGAUACAGACUCGGCGCGGCGAGCAGGGCGGACUGCCAAGGUACCUGUGCUCAUCGGGAGCACCUUCAUGGAAGGCAACAUCUUCCCAGCCGCAGCGCUACAACAAAAGACCGUGGGGGGCUGGGCGGAUGUGAUUUACCCUGACAACCCAGCCGCAGCGUCUGCUAUUGCGGACGCAUACGCUGUCGGCUCUAGCUGGCAAACUGGAACCCCUGACGAAGCAGUCAGGCUGCUCCAUUCCGAUUUCCAAUUUGCCUGUACCACCACGUACGACAGCAACAUGAUGGCUAGCAUUGGCAUACCAACCCGGCGGUACCUUUUCAACGCCUCCCUCCCGAGCGGACUUGCAUCCCACGGCAGCGAGAUCAGUUUUGUCUUUGGGAGUGAUCAAAGCACUCCAGCCAACCAAGCGUUGGGUGCGAAAAUACAAAAGGCAUGGGCCGACUUUGCUAAGAACCCAUCGUCAGGCCCUGGAUGGGUAAAAUACGUCCCUGAUACGCCUUCUCUUGCGGAUCUCGGUGGAGAGGGGGACCGCGCUUCUAUCACUGUAAUCGAUCCGGUUGUGGUGGAUUCCAGGUGCAGCGUCUUUUGGGAUGCUUAUGAUCCUAGUAGACCUAGCGCCCCAAAAGAGAAUAUUUCCAGGAAUGAGACCUUACUAGAAGCCACCGCGAUGACCGCUGGAAGACAUGUCCGAUAA